CGCGGUCACACUGUCAUCCCUAACGCUUUGAAAUCGGGUUCGUCAUACACAGAAUUUUUUGCAUUUCGAGUUAAAACACAAGUCUAAAUAUAAUUUAAGGAAUCAUCGAACAGUAGAACACUAAAACAAGUUAAUAAGUAAAAAGUACCGCUCAAUAAGAACUAGCAACAACAAGAAUAAGAACAACAACUAAGCAGAAUGGCUGUUAACGUUUACUCCACAAAUGUGACAUCAGAGAACCUUUCGCGGCAUGACAUGCUUGCCUGGGUUAACGAUUGCCUGCAAUCGCAAUUCUCCAAAAUCGAAGAGCUCUGCACGGGCGCCGCAUAUUGUCAAUUCAUGGACAUGCUGUUCCCCAAUUCAGUGCCCGUGAAGCGUGUCAAAUUCCGCACCAAUUUGGAGCACGAAUACAUACAGAACUUUAAGAUACUGCAAGCUGGCUUCAAAAAGAUGUCCGUGGAUAAGAUCAUACCAGUUGAUAAACUUGUGAAGGGACGAUUUCAAGAUAAUUUCGAAUUUUUGCAAUGGUUCAAAAAGUUUUUCGAUGCCAAUUACGAUGGACGCGAAUAUGAGCCAUUGGCUCAGCGCGGCGGCGUCAAUAUGGGCAGCGGCAAGGGACCGGGCGGCAGCAGCAAUGGCGGCAGCGGUGUGGGCAGCGUCCACAAUGAUAUACACACGAUGCAUCGACGGGGAAUACUGGCGCCACAACCCAAGCGCCUGGCACCCAGCGUACCCGCGCAUGAACCGGCAGUCUCCAAGGUGCUGCCGCGCACGAGCAGCGCAGUGACGCACAGCAGAGUGGCCACAGCCACCAAUAUUACAGGGACGGUGAAGAAGAACGAUGCAAACCAUGCUGUAAACACACAGCAAAUCGAUGAGCUGUCCAAUCAGGUCAUGGACAUGCGCCUAAAUCUGGAAGGUUUGGAGAAGGAGCGCGACUUUUAUUUCUCAAAAUUGCGCGACAUUGAAAUACUUUGCCAGGAGGCCGAGGAGGGUGAGACCACUCCGUUGGUGCAAAAGAUUUUGGACAUACUCUAUGCGACUGAGGUAGGAGCUACCGCAGCAUUGUUAGCCAACGAUGCACCACCAGAAGAAGAGGAGUAUUAGGAGUAACAUGUACGA